AUGGAGAUCCCAAAUCAUGGCCCUCUGAUCCUGGGAAUAUCAUGGGCAUUCGCCAUCUUCAGUGGUAUUUUCCUAGGCUUCAGAUUCUACGCCAAGGUGACUCGCAGACAAGGGCUGUGGUGGGAUGACCAUGUGCUCCUCGCCUCGUGGAUUCUGCUUCUUUCACAGGCAGUCGCUACCCAAUAUGGCGUCGAGUUAGGUUAUGGAAAGCCGCUCAAUGACAUUCCGACCGAAUAUUGGCCGACCAUUGCCCUGGGGUCUGCCGCCAUAUCUAUGGUAUCGAGCAUUGCCGCAGCACUUUCCAAAAUGUCAUUUGGUAUUACUUUAUUACGCCUAACGUCAGGUCACCUGCGCUCCACGGCAUGGUUCUGCAUUAUUACCCUUUUGCUCACCCUGAUCCCCAGUGUUGUGGGUCCCUGGAUACAGUGUCCGCACAUGGAGGCAACAUGGAACACGUCUAGUGACGUCUGUUGGACUGCAGAGUCGCAAAUCCAAUACGGCAUCUUCAAUGCUGCCUGGUCAGCUUUGAUCGAUUUUGUUCUUGCAUCAUUGCCAUGGUUUCUCAUAUGGAACCUGCAGCUCAAAUCUCGUGAGAAAAUUGGUGUUGGUAUUGCAAUGAGCUUGGGAAUGCUUGCAGGUAUCUGCGCCAUUAUAAAAGGAGUAUAUGUAGUACAGCUUCGGGAAUGGGAUUUUUCCUACUACGGCAAAGACCUUGUCAUCUGGACCGUCGUGGAGAUUGGCACUGCCAUUGUCGGAGGAUCAAUUCCUGUCCUUCGCGUUUUCUUGAAGGAGACGAUGUCUUCGUAUGGGAGAUCGGGCGCGAGGAAUGAUGGCACUGUCCCACUCUCACGAUUGCACAGAUACCAGCAUUCAACCGUCACUACGACUGUACGAGCUGUGAAAAGGGGUAAAGAGGGAAGCUGGACUGCGCUAGACGAGGAAGAACAAAACGAUGGCUCAAGUCAAAGGGGCAUCCUGGUCGACGAAGAAAUGGCUGGAGCUAGUGGUAGAGAAGCAAUGUACGUGGGUGACCAUAUCUUGCAAACGAGCACAGUCACUGUUAGAGUUGAGAGCGGUGCUAGCCCGUCUCCUCAAAGUAGGUCUUUUCUGAACACUGAUUAG